UUUUUGCAUGAGUUUCCUUGAAGUUCAUUUUUUUGUCAUCAGUUUUUUGUCUCACUCAUACUGUACCGGUGUGCAAAUUAAUACAAAAAUAAUGUUAAACAACCACUAAAGUUUAAUGUGAUGACAGGAUUAGUAAAAAGUGAUUAAUAUCGAGAAAUUUUCAUACGAGAAACAUAACCGAAAUAUAGGAGCGUCGUUUCUUAUCAGUGCUGCGUUUAAAAAUAUAAUCGAAGAUGUCUCUCUGGGCUAGAGCUCAGCAACUGCCUCCGGAGAGUCUCCAGAAGGUCCGUACCAUCUAUGGAGACCACUUCCCGAUUGAAGUACGCCACUGUUUGGCACCAUGGAUCGAGAGCAGAAUUUGGACUGCAGAACCGGAAGACCAACAACGGUUCUUCGUGGAUGAGCUGGUGCAGGAGAUCCAGGCCCAUGCGGACUUGAUGCUGUCUCCGGACAUGUUUGUGACCAAGAUGAAGCUGCUGGACGCUGCCAAGAACUUCCACAUGCAGUACAGCCACGCUCCGCACGAGCUGUACGCGUACAUGCGCCGCUCGCUCGCGCUGGAGAUGGACGUCAUCCAGAAUGCUAUGGGCACCCCGUACGUGGCCCAGCCUCAGACCGAGAGGAAGUAUAGUGAGCUUAUAACCGGUCUGCAAACAGUCCGGCAGAAGGUCAGCAUGGUGGGGGAAGAGAUCCGCAGCCUGCAGGCCAACAUCGAGUCCUUCUCGCUGCAGUACCACGAGUGUUUGAAGAAUAAAGGACAUAUGAACUACCUCCAGCAAUCGAUGACGAACGAGCGCCGCGACCUUGUAGCGUGCCUGCGCGUGCAGAUUGAAGAGACGGAGAGGAAACUCAACGCUCUUGUGGCACAAAUAAGCCAGUCGCAGAUGGAGCUGGUCGACCAUAUGAAGGAGAACAUCGCCAACCUUCGCCAGCUGCAGAGUCAGGUCUUGGAUGAGGAGCUUAUCAAAUGGAAACGCGAACAACAGCUCAGCGGCAACGGCGUACCGAUGCAAUCAAACCUGAAUACCAUACAAGAGUGGUGUGAACUCCUCGCCGACCUGAUCUGGACGACCAGGCAGCAAGUGAACAACGUCGCCCGCAUCAACACCAAGACUAUUGUAGAACUGCGGCAGCCGCAUCUCGCUGAGAUGCUGGAUGAGAUGAGCAAACAGGUGACAGGACUAUUGUCCACACUGGUGACAUCUACGUUCGUGAUUGAGAAGCAACCGCCACAGGUUAUGAAGACCAAUACCCGCUUCACGGCUACUGUCCGUUUACUGGUCGGGGGUCAGCUGAACGUGUAUAUGACGCCGCCUCGAGUCAACGUCGUAAUAAUAUCGGAACAACAAGCCCAAUUGCUUCUAAAAAGCGAGACCCAAGCCGGUAAGGGCAAGCAACCGGUGGAAUGCGGAGACAUAUUGAACAAUAGCGGUUCCAUGGAAUACCAGCCGACCAGCAGGCAGCUCAGCGUCAGCUUCCGCAACAUGCAACUCCGUAAGAUCAAGCGUGCCGAGAAGAAAGGUACAGAGAGCGUGAUGGACGAGAAGCUGACCCUGCUGUUCCAGUCGCAGUUCAACGUUGGUGGAGGAGAGCUGGUCUUCCAAGUCUGGACGCUAUCUUUGCCAGUGGUGGUGAUCGUGCACGGCAACCAGGAGCCCCACGGAUGGGCCACUGUCACAUGGGACAACGCCUUCAGCCCACCGGGCCGAGUGCCUUUUGCUGUACCGGAUAAGGUAACUUGGGGCCAGUUGGCUGAGACGCUGCGCAUCAAAUUCUGCUCGGCGACCGGAGGAGACCUCUCUGAAGAUAACCUGAGGUUCCUCGCCGAGAAGAUAUUUAGUAUAUGCGCCGUUCCCAGGACCAGUCUGCCGCUGAACAACAUCGAGUUGAACGCUAUGCCUGUCUCCUGGACGCAGUUCUGCAAAGAUGCCCUGCCCGAGAGGAACUUCACCUUCUGGGAGUGGUUCUACAUGGUGGUGAAGGUCACCAGGGAUUAUCUGAGGACCCUGUGGUGUGAUCAUCUGAUCAUGGGCUUCAUCCAGAAGAAGCAGGCUGAGGAGAUGUUGUCCAAGUGUCCCGCCGGCACGUUCCUGCUGCGCUUCUCCGACUCCGAGCUAGGUGGCAUCACCAUCGCGUGGGUUGGUGAGGGCAACGAGGUGUUCAGCCUGCAGCCGUUCACGUCCCGCGACCUGAUGCUGCGCUCGCUGGCCGACCGCGUCCUGGACCUCACGCAGCUGCAGUUCCUCUACCCCAACAUCGCCAAGGACGACGUCUUCUCCAAGUAUUAUACUAAACCUGAAAACGAAAUGCUGAAGAACGGGUAUGUGAAACCCGUGUUGGUGACGACGUUGCCGCCGUACAUGUCGUCCUCGCCGGCGUACGCCCACUCGCCCGACUCGCAUCGCAACACGCCCAGCGUACAGAGCAGGUACAUGAUUGAUUUCUGAGUUUCUUUUUUUUUUAAUUAUAAAUUCGGAAGAUGAACUGAAAUUUCGACACAAAACAUUGAAAAAAAUUAGUAUUAUUUUAUUAUUUUUUCGUUUUUAUUUUAAUUAUAAUUUUAGUUUUAUUUAAUAGUCACAUCCGAAUUUUUUUAGUUUGUAAUUUUAUUUUUUAAGUCUUUUUUUUUUAAUUCGAAAUUUUUUUGCCUUCUCGUUGCUUUUAAGACUAAAUUAAGUUAGAUUUAAUAUUAUGUGUUAAGCGUGAUCCAAAACAUUUUACUAAUAUAACUUAAUUUUGAUUUAAAAUAAACAAAAUUUUGGCAAAAGGUUUUUAUGAAAUAUAUACUAUAUCUUUGCCUAAAUUAAUGAUGAUAUACAUUUCCUAUAUAGACUGACAUAUUUCGAAAUCUUUUUAUUAUAUUAUUUUAUAUAAUAUUCAUAAUCUCAAUCGUCAUUUUUUUUUAUAAUCGAUUGCAUAUUUUAAAGUUGUGCUGAAAUGUUUUGAGCGUCUAAGGUGAUGAUGGAAUUGGAAGGAGUCUUAUGGAAGUUUGGACUGUCCAUUUUUGGAGGGAGGAAAUUAUCCAAUGAUUUCUCACGCCUUGGGUGAGGAGAGAGUGUCAGACGCAAGAGUAGGUUUUUAGUCAGUAAAUGAUAAAUGAUUUUUGCAAGUAAGUUACAAUGUAACACUUUUACACGUUAAUCUCUUAAAUAACUAGAUGAGGUUGGCAUUUGCUAACGGAAUACUCUGAGAAGAAAUGCCGAAAUAAACUCAGAGGUCAUAGUCUCUUCUCUCGUUAUUCUCAAAGUAGGACACUCCCUGUCCCCUCGCCCAAGGCGGUAGAAGUCAUUGGAUGAUCCCCCUCCCCCGCAAAAGGCUCAAAACUUUUUAGCCCCCCUUAUAUACAAUAUUACCUAUAUACUAUAUAUAAUAUAAUAUAUAAACUCUCUUUUUUUAGCUGCGGCACAACCAUUCUUCAACUAUAAGACGGAUUUCACAAAUUGAUGUGUUAAAUAAAAAAACUCACAAUCCAUACAGGCGAUUCUCGUCCUUAUUCUCUAUAGAAUUGAGAUGACGUUCUGAAGCAAAUAAGUCGUAUGUUUAUAAGGGUGAAAAUCGCUUGUGUAUGUUGUAUUUGAUAUAGUUUUACCGAUACUACUUUACCGCGGCUUUGAAACGUCAAAAUAGAAUUGAAAUAUUAAAAGUAAAAGUCUAUUUAGUCCCUCAGUGAAAAAAUGGAUUUUCGAAAAUUUCUCAGUAGUAGCACGGAGCCUGAAAUUGUGUCCAGUAUAUGACAAAAGGCUUACUCCGUAUUACAGGGGACUUGAUAACAUAAAUUGUGAAAUGUGGGUGUGCAUUGGCAUUAUGGCCGCAAUGUGCACCUCUGUCUACCCCUUCCGGGAUAUAAGGCGUGACGUUGCUUUUUUUAAAAUGGAUCCAAACUAAAUAGAAGCUUUUAAAUAUGAAAUAUGUGUCCAAUAAAAUCAUACCCUUGCUUUUCCGAUUUGCACGAAACCCGCUUUAAAGUGGUAUCGAUGAAACUAUACGACAAUUUCUCUAUUGUAAAUUAUAUGUGUGUAUGUUUGUAUGAAUGUUGGUUAAUUAGAUAUUUGAUUAAUUGGUUAUUAUUGUAAUUAAUUGGGUGAAUAUGAUCAUUAUGAUGAGAUUUAUUUAUUUUUAUUGUGUUUUAGGAUUUUAAUCUGGAGUUUAAAUGAGAUAGAACUGCUAAGGAGUCUAAUAUCGGAGGCUUUAGUACGAGGUUGCUUUACAUUUAAGUCUUUGACUGCCAAUAGAAAACUGUUGAAGGCAAAUCCUUCGCUAACGUCUGUCACCGGUGACCACCGCGGCGUUCAAUGUGUUAAAGUAAUCGAAACGAGAGCGGGUUCGGCGCUCUGAUUGGUUGGUUUAUUCGAGCCGGCCAAUCAGAGCGCUGAAAGCGUUAGUUUUGUUUAAACGUAAAGCCAACUCGUACUAAUGGUACUGACUGCCGUACUUAGAGACAUUUAAUGAUUACUUAAACUAUUCCUUAGUAUCGAUUUUGUAUCGAAAACAAUUGCUAAGGACUGGGUUAAGUAACCAUUAAAUGAUUCUGAGUACGGCUAAAAGAGUAAUUUGUUUUUGAGAAACCAUGUAUCGGUAAUUGGGCCUCCGGUAACCUCACUCACACAACGCAAGCGUUGUUUCACGUCGGUUUUCUGUGAGGCCGUGGUAUCAAUCCAGUCGAGCCGGCCCAGCAGUGCCGAAGCAUGGCUCUCCCACACUUGAAUUAUUGCAGUUUUUAGCUCAAUCUUCAGAUUAAAAUCUUAAAAUAUAAUAAAAAAAAAACAAGCACAAAAUUUAAAUCAGUAUUAUAAAAACAAUCAAAUAGUCUUCUUGCAACAGCAUUUAUUUUUAAUUUAUAAUUGUAAUUCUUAAUUAUAAGCUACGCUAUGUCCUUAAUCAGUAUUCCUUUUUAAAUUAAAUGAUAAUCUUUAGUUAUUUUUUUUGUGGUAGUUUUAAAAUUUUGUAGAACUCUGGUUGAUUUUGACAUUGAUAUUUAAAAAAAAAAGAUCGACAUAUCAACAGCAGGUUUUUGACCAAUUUUUUAAAAGAAAAAGAGCUUCAACGGUAUCAACGAAUUUACAAAAACAAUUGGAUAAAUUAGGUUUGGCUU